UCCAACUCUCUCUAAGAUUGAUCGCAUCUUGUAACAAUCAUCAAAUCAAGCUUUCAAAACCAAGAAAUUUGUACUAUGGAUUCUCUCAUAGACCAACCAAAAACUCCUCAACUUUACGAACAAAUUGCAAGAAACGUUUCAAUGCCAGUUUCAACUCGAUCUCACACAAUGAACAAUUCAAAUCCACAUCAAGGUUUAAAGAAGAAAUUGAAACCCCUAACACUGUUAUACAAACAAAAAAACCUUUUACCUCCCAAGAACCCUUCUUCCAAGAACCGUGUGGUGGCUCGGAAGCUGUCGUUACCGGAAACGGAGAAAACAGGGAACAGAGUAACGGUGUUUGUGAGAGUGAGACCAAUUUCGAAGAAGGAAAAGGAAGCGGAUUCGAGGUGUUGUGUAACGAUCGUGAAUCCCCGUGACGUUUAUUUGACCGAAUUCGUUAAUCCUAACGGUUACUUGAGGUUGAAGAGAAUUCGUAGACGUCAUUUCACCUUUGAUGCUUGCUUUCCUGAUUCAGCUACUCAACAGGAAGUUUAUUCCACCACAACCUCAGAACUUGUGGAAGGAGUUCUACAAGGGAGGAAUGGGACAGUUUUUUGUUAUGGUGCCACUGGAGCUGGAAAAACUUACACAAUGCUUGGUACAGUGGAGAGCCCGGGGGUGAUGGUGUUGGCAAUUAAUGAUCUUUUCGGUAAAAUCAAGACGAGAAGUUGUGAUGGAAACUAUGCUGUUCAUUUGUCCUAUCUUGAGGUUUAUAAUGAAACCGUAAGAGAUUUGAUUUCACCUGGAAGACCUCUAGUUUUGAGAGAAGAUAAACAGGGGAUUGUGGCAGCAGGUCUUACACAAUACAGAGUUUACUCUACUGAUGAAGUGAUGAUAUUGCUUCAGCAAGGAAAUCAUAACAGAACUACAGAACCAACUCGUGCAAAUGAAACAUCUUCACGUUCCCAUGCUGUCUUGCAGGUUGUUGUUGAAUACCAAGUUAGAGAUGCUGCAAUGAAUAUUAUUAAAAAUGUGGGAAAGCUCUCGUUGGUUGAUCUUGCAGGGUCAGAGAGAGCUCUUGCCACAGAUCAAAUAACACUUAGAUCUCUUGAGGGUGCCAACAUUAAUCGGUCUCUUCUUGCACUAAGCAGCUGCAUCAAUGCUCUUGUAGAUGGAAAGAAGCAUAUACCAUACCGAAAUUCAAAAUUGACUCAGCUUCUCAAAGAUUCACUAGGAGGAACAUGCAGCACUGUCAUGAUUGCUAACAUAAGCCCAAGUAGCCUCUCAUCUGGUGAAACUCAAAACACCCUUCAUUGGGCUGAUAGAGCCAAGGAGAUUCGAACAAAGACAUGGAUGCAGGCAAAUGAUGCAAAUGAGGAUCUAUUUCCAGUAAUUGAAACAGGAACAGACCAGGCCACGCUAGUACUUGAGCUGCAAAAGGAGAAUCGGGAAAUGCGAAUGCAGCUAGCACGGCAGCAACAAAAGCUUUUGUCACUCGAAGCACAGUCCUUAGCAGGAUAUUCAUGCUCAACACCACCAUCCGCUACAUCUCUUCUUUCGACUCCUCCAACAUCUUUUCAACCAAACGAAAAGCGAUGGACCAGAAACUCUCUCUUUACUGCAAUUUAUCUCACUCCAGAGACCAAGUACAACGGAAAGAAGAUAGCCAUCACUGUCAGAACACUUUAUGAAAAUGUAAGAUCCCUGGAGUCAGAGAUAGAGAGAAUGAGAAAGGACCGCUCUUUGCUUAUAAAGCAGAAAGACGAUGCUAUUUGCAAGUUUUCAGAAAAAAGUGGGAAAAAAGCAACAACAGCAGAGACAAUAUUAACCAGAUCUAGCAUACGGCCAACGCAUGAAAAGUGGAAAAGUCCAAGUUUUCGAUCACCACUACCAAAGGCCAAGAAACGAAGCUUUUGGGACACUACUGCUGCUAACAGCCCAUCAGUUACUGCACUAAAUGGGAGAAAAACUAGAAGCCAUGUCAUGUCUGAACCCACACUUCUUCAGUCUGCUUGUCGAAAGGGAAAUACUUGGAAGUGACGGGGGAGAUUCAAGGACAGACUAGAACCCAUGUGACAGAAGGUCUGGUAUUUUUUGAAGACUUUGAACUGGCCGUGGCACAAACGAAAUUCCAUUAUUAAGUAUAUCUGUAAAUGAGAUAGAGAAUGAUAGUUUAUUAGGCUUAGUUAGGAGUAGAACCAGAGGGUAUUGAUACUUUUGAGAAAAUUCCGUGAUUAUUUUUAUUUCUCAUUGUAUUCAUUCAUUUUUUUCUUAUUUGAUUUGAGUGGUAUAUUAAAGCUCACCAAUUUCAAUAAAAUUAUGGUUGACAUGGAUUAUAAUAUA